AUGGAGAAUCACGUUUCCGGCCAGGGGAACAAGCGUCUCACUCAGCCCGCGCAUGCUCUUGAGAGACACAGUCUGGUUGAACAACUCAACGCCGAUAUUGAAAACGGUCUGACUUCAACAGAAGCACGCCAGAGAUUGGAAGAAUAUGGCCGCAAUGAGCUGGAUGACGGGCCAGGCGUUCAGCCCUUUCAGAUUCUCUUGCGACAAGUUGCCAAUGCAAUGAUGCUAGUACUGAUCAUGGCAAUGGUUGUCUCAUUCGCAAUCAAGUCCUGGAUUGAAGGAGGCGUGAUUACCGCGGUCAUUGUGUUGAACAUCGUUGUCGGCUUUUUCCAGGAAUUCCAAGCCGAGAAGACUAUGGACUCCCUGCGUUCACUCUCGUCUCCAACUGCGAACGCUGUGCGGGACGGCAGCACCCUCAAUAUUCCCACUGCCGAACUCACCAUCGGUGAUCUUGUUGAGCUAAAAGUUGGUGACACUGUCCCCGCUGAUCUGAGGUUAAUCGAGUCUAUCAACUUUGAGACCGAUGAAGCACUCCUCACCGGAGAAUCAUUGCCAGUUACCAAAGAUGAAGAGGCUACGUUCGACGAUGAUACUGGGCCUGGUGAUCGAUUAAAUAUCGCUUAUAGCUCUUCCACUGUCACAAAAGGUCGCGCAAGAGGCAUAGUCUUCGCAACCGGUAUGUACACUGAAAUCGGAUCUAUUGCAUCUGCCCUUCGACAAAGCGGCUCAAAAAGGCGCCCGAUUAAGCGACGGGACGACGGAACAGCGCACCCUCUCCGGCACGUCGAAUCCUGGAGCCUUACUUCUAUUGACGCAGUAGGCCGGUUCUUAGGGGUCAAUGUGGGUACGCCUCUACAAAGGAAGCUAUCUCGUCUUGCGAUACUAUUAUUUGGUAUUGCGGUUGUCUGUGCUAUUAUUGUCCUUGCCGCAAAUGAAUUCUCUAAUAGGUCCGAGGUCAUUAUUUAUGCUGUCGCUACAGGUCUCUCUAUGAUUCCAGCGUCUCUGAUCGUGGUCCUUACAAUCACUAUGGCCGUAGGGACCAAAAGAAUGGUUCAGCGAAACGUUAUCGUUCGAAACAUUAAAUCACUUGAGGCAUUAGGUGCUGUCACCGAUAUCUGCUCAGACAAAACAGGAACUCUCACCCAAGGGAAAAUGGUCGCAAGGAAAUGUUGGAUCCCAUCACGUGGUACAUACUCUGUCGGUACUUCGAGUGAACCCUUUAAUCCUACUCUUGGAGACUUGAUGUACACUGAGACACCACCAUCAGGCGGACGCACGGAGGAUGGUCACGAUGGCACUGUAUUGGACUACUCGAGGCUCAUCGAGAACAACCCUGAGUUGACCGACUUUUUACUCGUCGCAGCUCUGGCCAAUCUUGCUCGUGUUCAUCUUAACAAGGAGGGCAUCUGGACUGCGCUGGGGGACCCCACGGAAAUCGCAAUUCAGGUUUUCGCCUCUCGAUUUGACUAUAAUAGACACAAGUUUCUCGAUGGAGAAAACAGGCAGUACAAGGAAGUCAGCGAAUAUUCCUUCGAUUCAGAUGUGAAAAAGAUGUCAGUCAUUUUUGAAGAUCUCCGAACAAAGCAACAAAUGGUUUACACCAAAGGCGCGGUCGAGCGAGUGCUUGAAUCUUGUACAGAGAUUAAAUGGGACGGUCCAGACGCAGUUGAACUUACAGACAAUAUGAAAGAUGAAAUUCUGAAAAACAUGGAAGCCCUUGCCGGUCAGGGGCUCAGAGUUUUGGCACUGGCCAGUCGACCCUACAGCCCUGGAGAUGGCCGAAGGGCAAGCCGGGAUGGACCUCCUCUUCGAGAAGAAGUGGAGAGAAACCUCAUAUUCCGUGGAUUAAUUGGUCUCUAUGAUCCACCUCGGCCAGAGUCUGCAGAUGCGGUGAAGAGAUGCCACCGUGCUGGUGUGAAGGUUCACAUGUUGACAGGCGACCAUCCUGGCACAGCUCGGGCUAUCGCCGCUCAAGUUGGUAUCCUGCCGCCGAAGAUGGAGAUGAUGUCCCAGGAUGCAGCGCAAAACAUGGUGAUGACUGCCCAGGAAUUUGAUCGCUUAUCUGACGCAGAGCUUGACGGACUUUCCGCAUUACCUCUAGUAAUUGCUCGAUGCGCACCAAACACGAAAGUUCGAAUGAUCGAGGCUCUCCGCCGCCGAGACGCUUUCAUGGCUAUGACUGGUGACGGCGUUAAUGAUUCUCCAUCUCUGAAAAUUGCCGACAUUGGGAUUGCUAUGGGUCAAGGUGGUUCUGAUGUCGCUAAAGAUGCUUCUGACAUCAUUCUCACCGAUGAUAACUUCGCCUCGAUCCUAAAUGCCAUCGAAGAAGGCCGACGAAUGUUUGACAACAUUCAAAAGUUUGUCCUGCAUCUUCUCGCAGAGAAUAUCGCUCAAGCUUGUACCCUCCUUAUCGGUCUCGCAUUCAAGGACCGCUCUGGCUUAUCGGUCUUUCCUUUAGCACCAGUCCAAAUCCUUUGGGUAAUUAUGAUCACUUCCGGUAUGCCCGAUAUGGGACUAGGUCUGGAGAUUGCCGCGCCUGAUAUCUUGGGCAGACCGCCGGUAUCACUUAAGACAGGAGUCUUCACGUGGGAAGUCUGCUUUGAUAUGCUCGCAUAUGGUCUAUGGAUGGCUAGUCUCUGCCUGUCGUCAUUCCUCCUAGUUGUCUACGGAUUCGGGGACGGGAACCUAGGGACUGACUGUAACGAUUCUUACUCUGAGGCCUGCGACACCGUCUUCAGAGCUCGAGCGACCACUUUCGUCAGUUUGACCUGGUUUGCCCUUUUCCUCGCCUGGGAAAUGGUCGACACUCGCCGAAGUUUCUUCCGGAUGCAGCCCGGCAGCACUAGAUACUUCACCCAGUGGAUGCACGAUGUCUGGCGCAAUCAAUUCCUGUUUUGGGCCAUCAUCGCCGGCUUCGUCACGAUUUUCCCAACUAUUUACAUUCCUGUCAUCAAUCAUAGUGUUUUCAAGCACACUGGAAUAUCCUGGGAAUGGGGCAUCGUCUUUGUUGAGGCGUUCCUCUUCUUCCUGGGCUGCGAGACGUGGAAAUGGGGCAAGCGGAUUUUCUUCCGUCGGCGUGCAAUAAGGCUCGGAGUCACACCAGAUGAUAUGGAGAAAAUGGCGUUCGCCGACUUCGAUGAACGUGCCGGUGACCCCCUCCGCAAACACUGA